UCAAUUCAAAAAUUGAAACUUUAAAAAUACAAAUACAAUUCUUCAAAGGAACUUUUUUUUAUUACUAUAUUUUAAAAAAAUUUCCAGAAAUGAAUGUUUUUGAACAGCUCGAGUCAAUCUACACAAAUGCCAAACUUGAUCUGGACAAGUUGGUAAACCACCAAGAAGCUAUGGACCCACAAACUGUCCAAUCUGUGACUUCAUCUCUUCAAAAAAUGUCCGACGACAUCAAAGAAUUGAAGAUUAAAGCUGAAAAAAAAUUAGCGGAAAUUGAAUUAGACAACAAUUCCUAUGAAAUGUCACAAAUGCAGGCGAGGAGUGCCCUAAAUGUUAAUAAAGAAAAGUUGAUCCGCUUGUUGCCUGAAUUAAAAGACACCUUAUUUAAAGAUGAUGAUGAUGGUGAAAAGGAUGCUGGUGAUUUAGAAGGACGAGAAUCAGAUUACUUUGAAUCCUGUAAAGAAAAUCAGCCAGAUGGAGCAGUUGUUACUGAUGUACCCGAACAUACUGAUGAUUUUGUAAACUUAGAAAACGCAGACGAGUUCAUGAGGAAAAUAAAGCAGGACAUCUUGAGGGUAAGGAACAAGUACUGCACUCCAAGCAGUGAUCUACCACCGUCUGCCGAUCUGGACAAAAAAUCAAAAGAGACGCUUUCCACAGAGCAUCAAGAAACUAUGAACAAAAUGUCUGAACUAACAUCCACCUUGUCGCUCGUUGACGGUAACGAUCGUAACAUCCCAGAUGAGCUUUUUAAAAACAGACCAGUGGAACCCAAAGUUAGCAUAUUAAAGACCAGCUCCCUGAACAAGCAGAUGAAAUUCUCAAACCGACACACAACAAGAGUUCAAUUCUCUGACAAUUCAAAUACCACUGUCAGCACCGCCGCCCAUCACGAAGCAGCUGCUAAUGGUGAUUCACACUUUCAAUAUGGCGUCCAAAGUGUGAAGGACCCAAAGGCCAAACACAGGUUAGAUUUUUCCCAGAAGCAAAAUACAGAAACAACCUCUUUGUACCCAGAUUAUGAAUCAUAUUUAAGAAGUUUUAAUAAACCUAAAUGAUACACACGCACACACACUCACGCACACACACACUUGUACAUACAGAUACAUUGACGCUUACGUUCAUUAUACAAUUUUUACAAAUUUGUAAAAAUUACAUUUAUGUAAUUUAUUUCUAUUCAAUUUUCUCCAUUUUUGUUGGUUCUUAAUCUCGUACGUGUGUUUAAAAAUGUGUAGCAUUGUAAUUUUGUUUUUACGAAAUGUUAUUUAUUUAUUUAUUUAUUAAAUAAA